ACCAACCAAUGAAAUAAGAAAAAAAAAAAAAAUUAAAGAAAAAUUGCAAUUUCCCAAAAUAUAAAAAUCCGUCAACCUGGCGACGGGUUUUUUGGAAAAGAAAAUUCCGGCUUUUCUGUGAAAUUUUUCAGUUGAAAAAAUUUGAUUUAUUUUUAUUUUUGAUUUUGAUUUUGAUUUUGAUUAAAUAUUCAUAUAUCAUCAUCAUUAUCUCACACACACAAUGGCAAAGGCUAAGAAAAUUAAUAAACUUGCUGCUUUGAGAAAUGAAAGACUCUCAUUAAGAAAGAAAAACCCUUCAGCUCAACAAAAUCAAAUCCAGUUGCAACAUUUAAAUGAUCAACAAAUUAAUCACUUAAAAAUCAAUUUCACCCCGAUUUUAAAUAAACUAUCUAUUCAAGAUAACAACUCCAUCCCUGAAGUGCUCAAUCACAAAAUAGCUGCUUUACAAAUACUAAACUCCCUAAUAGACCAGGAUGUUAUUCGAAAUUUUCUAUUAAAGGAAAAAAUAAUCCCAAUUAUCUUAAAUAGCGACAACGACCUAUUAUCUACAAUUACAACCUACAACAAAAACAAAAACAAAAACAACCCUGAAACAUUUCAAAUUAAUUUAAACUCUUUGUAUCUAUUGAAAAAUUUAAUUCAUUAUAACGGUUAUCAAAUAGCUAUUAGCCUAUGGAGAAAAAAUUUAUUUAAAUUAAUCGAUUUUAACAUUAACCAAAUCAAUACCCAAAUUAAAAUUCAAAUAGAUAACAAUGAUCUAAAUAACAAGGAAAAUAACCACAAUAUCUUUAAUCUAUCCCAUGUCUUGAUUGAAUUGAUCAUUAGCCUAUUAAAUUCAAAUUCCAUUGAUAUCCUUAAAGACAUUCUUUCCUCAGAUAAAAUCACUAUAUUACUUUCUUUUAUAUUUACUCUAUUCAACAAUUUUAAAUCGGUUUUACCCAUUGAUUUGUAUUUCUCAAUUUUGAAAUUAAUCUAUGAUUUCAGUUCUCAAUCUUCUCAAUUUAUUGAUAUCAUAAUUCAAAAUUAUGAUUUCUUAAACAUUUUUAAAAAUUUGUCUGUUACUAUCCUUCAAAAUAAUGUCAACGAUCCAAAUAAUAUCAAUAACAUUAGUAACAAAAAUUCUACAAUUUAUAGAAAUUUAGUAAACAUUUAUACUCAAGGUUUAAAUCUACAAUUUUUCGAAUAUUCUUUUGACAACAAUAAUGAAAAUAAAGAAGAUGAGGAUUUCAACAUUGAGAUUGAUAAUGAACAAAUAUCUCUAUCCAAUCAAGACAAAAUUAGUUUGAUGAAACUUUAUACAGACACUUCUUCUUUUUUAUCAGAUUUUAAUAAUAAUAACCUUCAAAUUAUUGAUAUGAAUCAAAAUAAUCUAGACUUUAUCUCAAAUUUAAAUAUAAAUCCAAAUUUUAAUUUGAUUAAUAUAGCUGAUUAUCUUUUAUUAUCCAAUCAAAAAUUAACAAAUUCAUUAUUAUUCCAAUCAAUUGAAACCUCUUUGGAAAUCUUAACUGCUUUGAUUGAGUUUGUUGCUAAUAACUCUCCAACAAUUAAUUCACUAGAUUCUGAUUUGCUAAAUUCUUUAAUUCAUAGUUUGUCUCCUUUACUAUUAGAUCAUUAUUUACCCCAUGAAAUAUUUCAAUUCAAAACUUUAGAUCUACUAAUCAAUUUUUCUUGGUUAUUCAAUUUAAUCGAAAACGAUCGUCAUUUAUACCCAAUCGAUAACCCUGAUAGCAUUCUUGAUACUUUAAACAAUUGGAAACUAGUUGUUGAUCGUUUAUGGCAGUUAAUUUUUCAAUACAUUACAGCUGAUUCAGCUCAAAGCUCUAUGAUUUUUACAAAUAAGUUAUUUAUAAUAUUGUGUGCAACUUUCAGAAAUAUUGAACAUGAUUUAAUAAAUGAUAACAAGUAUAUUACAGUGGAAAAUAUCUCACUUUUAGUUACAAAUUUAAAUAAUUUCAUUGAAAGAAAUUAUGGAAUUGAUGAAACUGAUAAUAUUAACAAUAUUAGCAAUCCUAGCAAUCCUAAUAAUAAUAAUAAUAAUAAUAAUAAAAAUAAGAAAAAUAAAAAUAAAAAUAAAAAAAAUAAAAGUAAAAAUAAAAAGAAUACAGACGAAAUGAAUGAAAUAAAUGAGUUUUUUCAUAAUUAUAUUCAAUUUUUAUCAAAUGUUUCCAAAAUUCCAAACCACAUUGAAGUUAAUUUAGUGGUGACACAAUUUUAUAUGAACUUAUUAUUGAAAGUCAAUUUCGAUAGCAUCCAAAUGCCUAUUAAUAUUACCGAAUUUUUGCAAAUCAUUGACGAUAUUUUCGAUAUCUUUAAUGAUGAAUCAUUUGAUUAUGAUUCAAGCAGUUUUGUUGAAACAAAUUAUUUAUCCAAUUUAAAAUUAAUAGAAAAAAAACUACCUAAAAUUGCAAAAAUGUAUAUUAAUAAAAAAGAACAACCUGAAAUAAGAGAAAAAGCCGAUGAAGUUAUAACGAAUUUAUCCAAAUUCAUCAAAUAUAAAGAAAGGGAAUUUAAAUUAACACAAAAUAAAAAGAAAUCCAGCUUAUAACAAAAAGUAAAUACAACUCAAUAACAUAUGUAUUUAUAUAUUAAAAACAAAUGAUAAAAUUAUAAAUGAAAUAAAUAACAUAAAGCAAAUUAGUUGAUG